AUGAAAUUCCUGCUAGACCGCCUCCUGCUUCUGCCCUUACUAAUACUCUUCUCUUUAGAGUCUUUCGUGAAGCUUUUUAUUCCUAAGAAGAGAAAAUCAGUCACCGGAGAAAUCGUCCUGAUUACGGGAGCUGGACAUGGAAUCGGGAGACUGACUGCCUAUGAAUUUGCCAAACUUAAAUGCAAACUGGUUCUCUGGGAUAUAAAUAAGCAUGGAAUUGAGGAAACAGCUGCUGAAUGCAGGAAACUUGGUGCCAAGGCUCAUACCUUUGUGGUAGACUGUAGUAACCGAGAAGAUAUUUACAGCUCUGCAAAGAAGGUGAAGAAAGAAAUUGGAGAUGUUAGUAUUUUAGUAAAUAAUGCUGGUGUGGUCUACGCAUCGGAUUUGUUUGCUACACAGGACCCUCAGAUUGAAAAGACUUUUGAAGUUAAUGUACUUGCCCAUUUUUGGACUACGAAGGCAUUUCUUCCAGCAAUGAUGGAGAAUAAUCAUGGCCAUAUUGUCACCGUAGCUUCAGCAGCCGGGCAUACUGUGGUCCCCUUUUUACUGGCUUAUUGUUCAAGCAAGUUUGCUGCUGUUGGAUUUCACAGAGCUUUGACUGAGGAACUGGCUGCCUUAAAAAGAACUGGAGUCAAAACAACAUGUCUCUGUCCUAAUUUCAUAAACACUGGCUUCAUCAAAAACCCAAGUACCAGUUUGGGACCCACUCUGGAACCUGAGCAAGUCGUCAGCAGGCUGAUGACUGGGAUCCUGACUGAGCAGAAAAUGAUUUUUGUUCCAUCUUCUGUAGCUGUUUUAACAGUAUUGGAAAGGAUCCUUCCUGAGCGUUUCCUGGUGGUUUUAAAACGAAAGAUUAACAUUAGGUUUGAUGCAGUUAUUGGAUAUAAAACUAAAGAGCAAUAAGUGCCUAGUUUUCUUGUAAAUCGAUUUACCAGGUUUAAGUUGGUUUCAUCUCAUGUUAGUCAGAAUUUUAAUGUUUGAACUUUUGCUUUUCCUAAUUCUUUUUUCUUCACUGUCACCUUUUGAGGUUCUUUUGGUCCUUGUUUAUCACCACUUGUUCUUUUGCUGCAAGCUGAUUACACAUAAUACAAG